AGGUUUUAUUCUCUGCUGGGCCUCUAAGGGUAGAACUUACAGAGAUGUAGAGUCGGGGGUGCGACCGGAGUCGGCGUAACAUCGGAGAGAGGUGAACCGCGCACGCUGGCUCCAACAGUGACAGGCACUUUCUUGCACCCCAACCCAACCCAAUCGCUUGGUCCAUGCCACUCCGGGGAGGAAUCUAAUGGUCGUCGUCAUCGUCGCCCCUUUCGCUUUCCGUCGUGGACUUCUGGUUCUCUAGAGCCAGGACUGCUCGAGAUAGGAAUGGUCAGCGAUGUGAUGCAAGGCCGCAAGGGCCGGUUCCGCGGCGCCAUACACCUUGCGUCGCCGAUCACCGUGGUUUCAGAUGACUUUCUGUUUUCUGAACCUUUUAUUUAGUGGUGAUUUUAUUUGGUUCAGGCUUCUAGGAUACAUACGCAUGCGCGCUGUGCUCAUCAACCGAGCUAGCUUCCAAAACUAAUUUUUUGGGACUUCAUUUUUUAGAUAUUGUUGGAGAUACUCUAACUUAUCUCAACUGAUACUACUCCCUCGGUUCCAGAAAAGAAUACAACUCUCGCUUUUCGAGGAAUCAAACAAUUUCAAAUUUGUCCAACUUUAUAUGAAAAUUGCUAAAAUUUAUAUCUCCAAAUAGAUUUUAGUAUAAAAAAUAUUACAUAAUUAAUCUAAUGAUACUUAUAUUUUGUAACAUAAAUGUUAAUACUAUUUUGUAUAAAUUUAAUCAAACUUAAAAUUAUUUAACUCAUCGAGAGCUAGAGUUGCAUUCUUUCUAGACGGAGGCAGUACAUCGUGUAAAAAUUCACUAAAAUCCAGAGCCGUUUCGGAUUCGGAUAGAUGGGAAUGGAUGAAUCUCAUAGUAGCAUUUUGCUAACUUACGGCGCAUAGGAUUCGCACCUAUGGAACCAUUUCUAACAACGCGGCGUAAGCAAGAACAAGGACGCGACACGGUCGAAGCUGAUAGUUGACAAACCAUUUCUCGUGCCAAUUCGGGCAUGACCAUCGCGAAGAAAACUGCCACCAAAUUUUCCGAACUUUGCUCGUGUCACCAGGCCAAACGAGGCAAACCGUCAGCAAAUUGACGGCGCCUCACCUCACCCCCUCCCCGUCCGCGCGCCAGAGACCGUGUGUGCGAGAGAGCAGAGCAGAGCGCGGGCACCAAUGGCGACAGCUGCCUCGUCAGCCCCUCCCCUGCUCGCCUUCUUGCCGCUCCUGCUGCUCAGACUCCUCGCGGCCUUCUCACCGGCCACAGCCACAGCAGCGCGCCCCUCCAACCCCAAGAAGGCGCCGUUCCCGACCGUCGCUCCUCUGCACCUGCAGGCUCUCCGGCAGCAGCGGGCUCGCGCCGGCUCGUCAGCUGCCAAGCACGUCGCCGCCGAUGGCGCCAGCGCCAGCGACGGCACGGCGGCGAAGCCGUUCACGGCGCACUACUUCCCGCAGGAGCUGGACCACUUCACCUUCACGCCCAACGCGUCCAUGCUCUUCUACCAGAAGUACCUCGUCAACGACACCUUCUGGCGGAGGCCCGGCGGCGGCAAAGGCGCCGCCGGGCCGCUGUUCGUGUACACCGGCAACGAGGGCGACAUCGAGUGGUUCGCCACCAACACCGGGUUCAUGUUCGACAUCGCGCCCAAGUUCGGUGCCCUCCUCGUCUUCAUCGAGCAUCGCUUCUAUGGGGAGUCAACACCGUUCGGGAACGACUCGGAUAAUUCCGCGAAGACACUGGGCUACUUGGCAUCAACGCAGGCCCUCGCUGACUAUGCCAUCCUCAUCACCAGCCUAAAGCGGAACCUAUCGGCCGAGGAUGCCCCCGUUGUGGUCUUCGGUGGCUCCUAUGGUGGCAUGCUGGCUUCUUGGUUCAGGCUCAAGUACCCCCAUAUCGCCAUUGGGGCCUUGGCAUCCUCUGCGCCAAUCCUGCAGUUUGACAACAUAACACCGUGGAGCAGCUUCUACGAUGCAAUCUCACAGGACUAUAAGUCUGAGAGCUUGAAUUGCUUUGCUGUGAUCAAGGCAACCUGGGAUGUGCUGGAUGAGAGGGGAUCAAGUGACAAAGGGCUACUUGAGCUCAGCAAAUUGUUCAGAGCUUGCAAGACUGUGAAGUACGCUGAUUCAAUUGGAGGCUGGCUGGAGACAGCGUUCACCUACACUGCCAUGGUGGACUAUCCAACACCGGCCAAUUUCCUGGAGAACCUGCCUGCCUACCCCGUCAAGGAGAUGUGCAAGAUCAUUGAUGGAUUCCCCGCGAAUGCAGACAUCCUGGAAAAGGUGUUCGCAGCCGCGAGCUUGUACUACAACUACACAGGAGACCAGACUUGCAACCAGAUUGAGUAUGAAGACAACUCCGAUACUUCAGUUCUCGGCGGCUGGGGGUGGCAGGCUUGCACAGAGAUGAUCAUGCCGAUGUCGAUCUCCAACGAGAGCAUGUUCCCGCCAGACACAUUCAGCUACGAUGACACGUCUGAUGCCUGUUUUCAGUUGAAUGGGGUUCGGCCGAGGCCGCAUUGGAUCACAACUGAGUAUGGUGGACAUAAGAUAGAUAAGGUGCUCAAGCGGUUUGGGAGCAACAUCAUCUUCUCCAACGGAAUGCGAGACCCAUGGAGUCGAGGCGGGGUGCUCAAGAAUAUCUCAUCCAGCAUUGUGGCCCUUGUCACAAAGAAAGGGGCUCAUCAUUUGGACCUCAGAUCUGCAACCAAGGAUGAUCCAGAUUGGGUUGUAGAACAAAGGAGACAAGAGGUUGAGAUCAUACAGGGAUGGAUAGAUCAGUAUCAUCAGGACAUGGCAUAAUUAUCCUACUGAUACUACUGAUUUUCUUUCUCUCUUUCUUUGUGUCUUGAGUGGGUUUGUAAAAACUCUCUUUCUUUUUGCUCUUUCAAUUAAUAUAUAUAUAUAUAUAUAUAUAUAUAUAUAUAUAUAUAUAUAUAUAUAUAUAUAUAUAUAUAUAUAUAACCAGUAGGGGAUGCUCAUCCCCUCCUGUUGCAUCAAAAAAACAAUGGUGAAUUGUUGUAAAUCACUAAUAAGUCUGCCCUUUCAGUUUUUUUUAUAAUACGUCCUUUUAGUUUUAGUUCACGCUUCAGAUACACUAUUUUGACUUGCAUGUAGCUCUAUUUGCUCGUAUGAAACGCCAACUAAACUGAUUGGAGGAAGUUCUACCUAA